CACAGCCCACUACCUAGGUACCUACACAUGUACCUACCUACCUACCUACCUACCUACAUAACCUACAUAAUCUACAUAAUCUACAUAACCUACCUAGUAUGCAACAGGUGGCAUCAUUGAGAUAGCAUCAAAUACACAGACAACUUAACAGACCUUUGCACUCCCUUGUCCUCCGCCUCUUUCCAUCGUCCGAGACGCCCGAGAUGCGCCUCCUUUGGUAUGCCGGGGCCUCGACGGGGCUGGCCACCGGCGUCAUUGCCUACGCCUUCAACCAGCGUGCCAACUUCUACUCCGCCAUGGUCUAUCUGUCACAGAACAACCUCAGCCUCAUGAUCCUAGUCAACCUUGUUCUACUGGUAUACGCAUCCUUUGUCUGGGGACUUCAAAGAUUAUGUUAUGGCCCUCUGCGACCUGUUGAGAUCGAGCAACUCUACGAGAAAGCUUGGUUUGCCGUUACCGAGACCUGCCUCGCCAUGACUAUCUUUCGUGAGGAGGUUGGCGGCUGGUUUCUUGUUAUGUUUACCGCCCUAGUCACCGGAAAAGUGUGGGAAUGGAUAGGUGAGGGCCGUGUCGAAGUGCUGGAACAACAACCCCCCGCCAACCCGAGAUUAUUUCAUCUACGACUUAGCGUCUCCCUUCUACUCAGCGUGGCUUACGACACCUGGCUAUUCUCCUAUGCGGUUCACGUUGUCAUUCAGCAAGCACGUCCUAACAUGAUGGUCAUGUUCCUCUUCGAGUUUGCCAUCCUGGCGACCUGUUCCACUCGCACCACCUGCCGCUAUCUCCUAUCUUUGAUAGAGGCCGAUAUCACUAAGAAACAGACCCAUACACGGCUCGAGGAGCGCCGGCGAUUAGUUCGAGAACAGCGCAACGACAUCUUGAGACGUAGAGAGUCUGAUGAUUCUGCUGAAGCUGAAGCCGCCCGACAAGAAGAACUUCCAGAUGAGGAUGAUAUCGAUGAGAUGGAUAUCGAAGUGCCUGGUUGGGAAUCUAAGGGACAUUGGAUACUAUCCCUUGACCUAUUUACAGACUUGAUUAAGCUCGUAAUCUACUCUGUAUUUUUUGCGAUCCUCAUGAUGUUCUACGGGCUCCCCAUCCACAUAAUGCGAGAUCUUUUUAUGACUGCACGUUCCUUCGUAAAGCGCCUUGGUGCUCUAAUGAGGUAUCGGAAAGCGCUACAGGACAUGAACAAGUACCCAGAUGCUACUCAGGAAGACCUAAGCAGAGAGGACACUUGUAUCAUUUGCAGGGAGGAUAUGAGACCUUGGGACCCCACAGCUGUCGGUGCAGUGGAACGUUCCCGGCCGAAGAAGCUCCCAUGUGGGCACAUCUUACAUUUCGGCUGUCUCAAGGGCUGGUUGGAGAGGCAGCAGGUAUGCCCCACUUGUCGACGCUCGGUUGUCAUCGAUGGAACGAACCCCGAUAGAAAUGCUGCGACACAGGCUCCUGAAGCCGGCAGGCAGCCUCAGCCUCCAGCCCCAGGUGCGCCCGGUGGUGGUGCUGGUGCUGGUGCUGGAGGAGCACCAGGACCAGGAAAUAUUGGCCAGCCUGCUCAGGGUCGGGGCAAUAUCCGCGUAUUUCAGUUCGGCCCAAUAAGAUUGGGCUUUGCUCAAGGCGAUGCGCAGGAUAUAAAUGAUCUGGCGAACCAGAUGCGUCAGCCUCGUGAAGGUGUAAACCCACCUAUCAUCCCUCCUGCUCUGCCGACGCCGACUACAACAGCUCCGCCAAUCAAUCUCAACAACGCCCAGAACAGCAUUGAAAGCAUGCAGGCACAACUCCAUGAGAUCUCGAACAGAAUACAACAAGAAAUGUAUGCCUUGCAAACCACUCAGGCCGAACUACACACUCUCUAUGCUUUGACCGUAGAAUUGAACCGAUUGCGUCAAUUUCAGCCACAGGCGGUUGCCGGGGGUGGCAGUCCAUUUGCUCAACCAGGAGUUAAUGCUCAGUUCAUAGCUCAGCAACCACAUAUACAUUUCCCCAACAAUACAAUGUAUAUUCCCCCCUCCCCUGUUACGAGGCAUGGUGGUCCUUCGUAUGCAUCUGCCAUCCCCUCUGGUAGCCAAGAUCUUCCCGAAGGAGUAUCCAUCCCUCCUGGUUGGUCGCUAUUACCACUUCAGCGCCUCGAUGGUCAACCCUCACAGCAACACGUGGGAAGCCAUCAUAAUCAAACUACCUCAUCGUAUGAUGUUUCACACCAACACGCCCAACCAGCAACACACUCAGCUAGAAAUGACCUAGUUCACAACUUGAAUGGUAAUGCGGGUUCUUCUACUUCAUCCACCGAUGCUCAGACUCCGGUGCGAAGCAGCGAUGCGCAAGGCGGAAUGGAUAGAAACCCCGGGUCAUCGACGAAUCAGACACAGACAGAGCCCCCAAAUGUAGCAGCUCCCACUCCGUUGAUACCACAGUGGGGCGGAUCCUCUCAACUGCUUUUCAACAAUCCAGGCAGCUCCUCUACGACAACUCCCCCUAAUACAAGGAACGAGAAUACCAUUGAGGCUGCAUCUCGUGCAGCCAGCUCCAGCGACAGUGAUAAUGAAGGACUAGAUAAGAAUAAAAGUAAGGGUAAAGCCAAGGCCGCGACUGUCGAGGACGUGGAAGAGGACGAGUCGGAUUGAGAUCUUUGUACUAUAUUGGGUUUGUGAGAUUGCAUCAUGGCAUGGCGUUGGAGGCGUUGACUUUAAUGUCCCUAAAAAGGGGCCAGAUUAGAUUGGCCUCGUUCUACUACACGCUCAGCAUUCAUAUCAAUACAUUAUUUGAGCCCAAUGCUCAAGACAUCAGAAGACCAAAUAUUAAAAGUAUCCUUUAGCUUUCUAUUUACUUUUUCCAUUGGCUUAAAA